AUGGAUUGGAAGGACUUACUCUACUCUCUAUCUGUACUAUCUACUAUCUCUAUCUCUACUAUCUCUACCUCUACUACCUACUACCUCUACUACCUCUACUACCUCUACCUCUACUACCUCUACCUCUACUACCUCUACUACCUCUACCUCUACUACCUCUACCUCUACUACCUCUACCUCUACUACCUCUACUACCUCUACCUCUACUACCUCUACUACCUCUACUAUCUCUACUACCUCUACCUCUACUACCUCUACUACCUCUACUACCUCUACUAUCUCUACUAUCUCUACUAUCUCUACUAUCUCUACUACCUCUACUAG